AUGUCGCAAGAUCUUGAAUCGUUCACUGCCAGUGAUCGUUACAGCCUUUGUCGGGCCUACGUCUACCUUUGCACGCUGUUCCCCAAACCAUCGCCCAGCUUCCCCGUUAUCCAUGCCGGUGGGGAAAGUGAUGAAGAGCCUGCGGGCUUUUCCGUCUCAUCUCCUACAUCCUCCCAAUACUCCUCUGCCACCUCAACUGCCACCUCUUCACCUUCACCUGCCUCCCCUUCGUCUCUCGAAUCCCCAGCCUUACCCAAUGAUGUCACACUGCCACCUGCCUCACAAGACUUGUCAAAGGUCGCUACCGCAUCAGCAACCUGUGAAAGCAGGAAUUUGUCACCAUCUCCAGACCUUCCAUCCCGUCCAAGAAGUGCCUAUAAUGACGUGCUUUCUCAGCCAGAAGUAGAGGAUGCUUAUGUGGCAGUCCAACAUAUGCCUCAGUCAACGCCACCCACCUCCUAUUCCACACCGUGUGAGAUGCCUGUGGUCUCAUCCACCUCCCUUGGGAAGAGGCAGGCAAAUAACAUCGCUUGGUAUCCAUCCAAGAGCAGGAGGACGGAAGACAUGUGCAUGCCUAAGCAAGUGCUCCUGACCGCGCUGCCGGAGACAGGCCUCAGCAGGUUCCCAGGAACUGACGAACACGACGAGGGCCACGCCCUCGACACUUACAACCAUAUAUCAGGAGAUGCCGCCCACAUGGAGCAAUUCCACGCAGGCGGCCUAGUGCCUGACAAUGUACAGCUGUUAGGCCGAGGGCCUUUCCCGUCGCCACUCUCGCAAGCCCCCUGGUUGACCGAAGACUGGGCAUGGAAAAACGUUCCACAGAUGUCAUACCACCAGUUCUUCGACGCUAUCGCGCCGGCCUCUCAUGAUGGUCCAGAAGGUCAUUAUGAUGUGACGGAAACCACCCAGAGCAUGCUGCAGAUGUUCGAGGCAGGGUUCCAUGAUGUACCACCGAUGUUCGAGGCAGAGGAGUUCGACAGUGAAUUGGAGACGUACGAGGGACGGAGGAGCUCGAAUGCCGCCCAAGAGGGCCAGUACGACAUCCAACAGACAUUCUGCGGCGGCCAACAAGCAUUCUUCAACGAGACGGAGACUGCCUACGACGACCGUGACAGCCAGAGUGAUUCCCUGCAGAUCUUUGGUGACGCAUCGGAAACGUUCUACCCCAGCAUCCAGUCCGUCCAGUCCGUCCUUGAUGACACGCUCCUUAACGACGCUCAAGAGAACGGGUACGAUGCCCUACCGAUCCAUCAUGAAGCCUCGCGAUCCUUCGAAAACAUCGAGCCAACCCCUAGUGCUGCAGAGUAUGCCAACGGUGAUGUCGCGCAAUUCGAUGUGCCUCAGUUCGUGCAGGAUGCCCUGCACCCCUUCAGAGGCGUCCCGCAGGGCGUUGCCAAAGCCCUACCCAUUGUCGUCCCUCCCCCGCCAAAUCCACGUCGAAACCAGACACCCUACUUGUCUGGCGAGCAUAACUGCCACCCUUGCCGUCUCGGAUUCAAUGCAAGAGGUGACGUCGCUAGGCAUGAAGGCACCGCAAAGCAUGACAGGCGCAUGCGCCAACUCAACCCGAACGCGGAGUCGAAGCUGCGUCUGGCUUGGUGCAACGUGUGCGGAGGCGCGUUCGCCAACGCAUAUACGGUCUCCAAGCAUAAGGCGACGCAGCACGUAGAGUCUGUGUGAGGCGUCGGAGAAGGGGCAGAGGUUGUGAGGGGUGUUAGGAGGGGAGGAAGGUGGUCCGGCGUGCAAAGUUUCGUUGACAUUCAGCAAUAGCACACUCACCGGCUUUCAUGGCCACUUCUCCCCAUUUCUACCUCCUGACUGCGUUUCGGAUCGAUGCGGGGGAUUUGUCCGACUUUUCCAUGUAUCGCAGACAUUGCGCGCUGCAGCAAAGGCUUCUGAUGUGUCGGACGGGGAUCAGUAAUAUAUGUAUAUAUAUAGUCGAAUUUCCAUUGUUAUCUACUUGACCUCAAUCGAACCCUGCCUGUAUUGUUCUUGA